CAGUGUUAUAUGCAAUGACGCCUGGUGAUGUGGAGUGUGGCCUUGGAGAGAGGACUGUGGUCGUGGUUGAGAAGAAGCCAUCCUCGGGGUGGAUAUGGAAGAUGUUCAUGGCCUUGCUGAUGGUCGGUGUUUGUAUAGCCGGAGCCCUUGUCUUCACGUGGUACAUGAACGGGCGGCCAGAAACCAAGACCCAGUCAGGCCAAACCGAAGCUCUGACAGGAAAGGUGAUUGGUGACGCAACAGAGCCCCACCACACACUGAGGCGAAUCGGCAGCAAAGCCAAGGCAGCCAUCCAUUUAGAAGGAAGUUAUGAAGAUGGCGAAGGUUUCAAGGACCAGGUGGAGUGGAGGAAGGAUCAGGGGCAGGCCUUUGCCCAGGGCGGCCUGAGGCUGGUGGACAACCAGAUCACCAUCCCACAGACAGGCCUCUUCUUCGUCUACAGCCAGGCGUCGUUCAGGGUGUCCUGCAGCGACGACGACGGGGAGUUCGUGGGGCGGCACGUCGCGCCGCUCAGCCACAGGAUUUGGCGUUUCUCGGAUUCGGUCGGCGGCAGAUCGUCCCUGCUGAGCGCCGUCAGGUCGGCGUGCCAGCGGGUUGCCAACGAUGACGGCUACAGGAUUGGCGAGGGCUGGUACAACGCCAUCUAUCUGGGCGCGGUGUUCCAGCUGAACCGAGGGGACCGGCUGUGGACGGAGACCAACCAGCUCACGGAGAUCGAGUCGGAGGGCGGGAGGACCUUCUUUGGUGUGUUCGCGCUCUAACGGCGGGCGGGCUGCGCGAGGAGACAGGGCGGCCUUCUUCGCUGUUACCACGGAGACGACAAACGAUACGCUGUUACCACGGAGACGGUAGCGACGCUCCGAGUGUCGUCAGCGUUAUCGUUCCCGUUUUAUACGGAACUGUUUCAUCGUCAUGGUGAUGUGGCACUUCUGAAAUCUCAAUUGAGAUGGACAUUUUAGCCUAAUAGGCUGUUGUUCUGGUUGUAGAUGUUGUAAACUGCAGCAGUUUAGAAUCUUGUUGUUGUUGUUGUUGUUGUUGCUGCUGCUGCGUGUACUGACCCGAGAUUGUUGGCUGCACCUUCUCCGCCGCACCACAUGACCACGCAGCUCUUCCACGGAGAGUGUAGACCUUAUGACUUAUUGGAAAUGAUUCCAUUUUAACUGCUAUUAUCACUUAUCAUAAUCUGUCUAUUUAAUUGUAUUUAUUAUUAUUUAUGUCGCUGAGCAUAAGUAUUUAUUUAUCUCUUUGAUGCAUGAAAAUCAUUUCUCAUUGUAAUAAUAAAAACGA